UGUGAGCGCGAGGCCUUUACGGAAGUUUUUUACCUUCACACAUUAUCGCUUUUUAUUGAUUGGCUGCUGCAACUGAUCUGAUACAUUAAAGUAUCGGCGCAGUUUAACCCUGUAACACCACUUGUUGUAAAAUUACAAAGUUACCUUUAACCAUCCUAAAAAACAAUCUGUUAUAUUUUAUCUUAUUUUUUUUUUACCACAUUUACAUAGUCAUUGGGUCCUAUUGUUCAGUCUCACAAUGCUAUUGGAUCUUACAUUUGUUUACAAGUCACGCCUUCUGGCCAUGAACUCACACAACCUCUAAAGGUUUCCUUCGAACAACAACUAUUUGUUUCAUUGGACUGGAUUCAUCAGAUUCAAAAUGCAACCAGCAAGGAGAGAGCCACGAUACAGUGUGCGGGAUGUCAUUGAAAUGGUCCAAAAUGGAGAGAGUGAGGUGGAGAUGGAAAGCAGUGACACCGAUGAAAGCGAUGAAGGCUCUGAUGAAGAUGUCUGUAAAGAAGUGGAAAAAGAAAACCAACCAUCCAUGGACUGUCCAGCUGAUAAUUACGUGGACAUCGAGCCAAAAACAAACAAACACACCAUGCCCCGUGACAGGUAUCGCUGGCUGAAAAAAGAUUUCAUCAGUCCCAACACUGAUUUUUCUGGUCUGGAUAUCACAGCAGAUGACAUUUCCCUCCACACACCAUUGGAAUACUUCCAGAAGUUUGUGUCCGAAGACAUGGUUGAGGCUCUGGCACAAAACACGAAUGAGUACAGCUUUCAGGAGCGUGGAACAUCUGUAAACACCACUGCAAAGGAAAUCGAAAAAAUGCUUGGCAUGUACCUGAAGAUGGGCCUGGUACAAAUGGCUGGAACCCGUAUGUAUUGGGAGACAGAGGCGCGGUACUCCCCUGUUGCUGAUGUGAUGCCACGCAACAGAUUCCAAUCCCUGUUGAAGUCAUUACAUUUUGUAAACAACAUGACUGUAUCUGAGACGGAAAAGAAAGACAAACUAUGGAAACUCAGACUGUGGCUUGAUUCAUUCAGAGAGAAAUGCCUGCAGGUGGUACCAGAAGAGCACAACUCUGUGGAUGAGAUGAUGAUUCCUUUCAAGGGGAAAUUCAGCAGCAUCAAGCAAUAUAUGCGAGGCAAGCCAAACCCAUGGGGAUUCAAAGUGUGGGUGAGAACUGGAAUCUCUGGCAUGAUGUGUGACUUUGAUGUCUACCAAGGCAGUGUCAACGGAAUACGAGCCAAAUCUGAACUUGGAUUGUCAGGUGAGGUUGUGAUGAAACUUGCUUCCACACUUCCAGAAGGUCAGAACUACAAACUGUAUGCAGACAAAUAUAAGUUCCCCAUCAAAUCCCGUCGCUGGUACAUGUACAUCUUCUGGCACACCAUCACCCUCGCUGUGGUCAAUGCCUGGCUGCUCUACAAGCGGGACUGUAAAGCGCUCGAGAUGUCUAGCAAAGAGACAAUGAACAGGAGACAGUUUCAGGCACAGCUAGCAUCCUCUCUCAUCCUGGUAAACGCAACACUUCAAACUCCAAAGAGAGGACGGUCAUCUUCAGGCGAAGGGAGCCCAGAAACACAGACAGUGACAUCAGGAAGCCCUAUGAAUGCUCAGAAGAGGCCAUCCAAGAGAUGUGCACACCUCCCAUUGGAUGUACGCAACGAUCUAGUUGCCCAUUUCCCAAGGAAGACAGGGAGAGGACGCUGCAGACACUGCAAUAAAGGAUACACCAACACACAAUGCAGAAAGUGUGAUGUUCGCCUUUGCUUUACAGACAACAGGGACUGUUUUUGGGACUUUCACCACCAAUGAAAGUCUUCAUGACCAAUGUCAUGAAAAGAAAAAAGAGGGGGAAAAAGCGUUUUUUAAGAGUUUUAUCUUUCUAACUCUGUUUUAAUAAAUGACUUCAUA